AUGACAGACUUGGGAUCUGUUUGCUCUCUCUCGCCGGAGAUGAGGAUGAGGAGUUUUGUAUAUGUAUUUGUUUCUUCGCCGGAGAUGAAGAUGAGGAUGAGGAGUUUUGCGGCUGUAAGUGAUGAAGAUGAGGAGUUUUGUAUAUGUAUCUGUUUCUUCGCCGGAGAUGAAGAUGAGGAUGAGGAGUUUUGUGGCUAUAUUAUCAUAUACACACACGCUAUAACUGAAGAUAUAAGUGUUAUUAUAAGUACCUUUGAUCGGUUCAAGAAAUGUCUUUUUUACAUUACAUUUGGCCCAAAAAUUGCUAGUGCAACCACUUUUGAUGUAACAUUAUAUAAUGCAAUCGGAGACGGGAUUACUGAUGACACUGCGGCUUUCGUUCAGGCAUGGGGGGAUUUAUGUGCCGAUAUUUCAGAAAAUCCGACAUUGAUCAUACCAUCAGACAAGACGUUUUUAAUACACUGUGUGGCAUUCGCGGGGCCAUGCAAAUCUUCUAGUUCUAGCAUUCUUAUUAAGCUUUUGGGAGACAUUACUGCACCAAAGAGUCUAGUUGGGUGGGAAAGCUGUGAUACACAAGGCCAUUUGAUGUAUUUUCGAUCGGUUCAAGGACUCACCAUUGCCGGACCAGGCCAAAUAGAUGGUCAGGGUUCUAUCUGGUGGGGAGAUGGAGAUGUUAAGCUGCCCAUUGGUCCAAAGUUCGACCGCCCAUCAAUGUUACUAUUUAAAAACUGUGACGGGCUAAGACUAAGAGGUUCAAGAUUUGUAAACAGUCCAAAGACUCAUAUCAGCAUCAGUGGUUGUAAAGGCGCAGAUAUCCAAAGUCCUCAUAUUUCAGCACCUGAUUACAGCCCUAAUACUAAUGGAAUCGACAUCAGUUGGUCGUCACACAUUAAUAUCCACGACUCCUCCAUUGGGAGCGGCGGCGAUUGUGUGGCUAUAAGUGGAGGCGCAUACGACAUCAAUGUAACAAGUAUCUUUUGUGGACCUGGUCAUGGCAUAAGCAUAGGUGGCCUUGGGAAGCAUAGUUCUUAUACGGCGGUUGAGAAAGUACUAGUGCGACAAAGUUACUUCACUUCAACGCAAAACGGAGCACGAAUCAAGACUGUACCGUACGGAAAGGGGUACGCUAGGUCGAUUGUAUUUGAGCACAUUCUCCUAUCAAAUGUUAAAAAUCCAAUUAUUAUUGAUCAACAUUACUGCACUAAUAUGAGCAACGCUGAUUGCCAUGCACCGCCAAAUGCAUCAUCGGUACAAGUGAGCGAUGUAACGUAUAGAGAUAUACAUGGGUCAUCAGCAUCAAAGCAAGCAAUUAUCUUCAAUUGUGUUGGAGAGUUUAACUGUACUGGAAUCGUAACGGAUGAUGUUGAGGUCACUGGAGAAGGCGUGUUUGCUUCCUGCCAAAAUGUUCAUGGAGAUUUUACCCAAACCACACCUCAUAUUACCUGUGCUUAG